AUGUUCCCCCGCGGGCACGUAGAACAGCGUCUUGUGGGCCUGCAGGAGGGGCUCGUACCCCCUGAGGAAGGCGUCCUCCGUCAGGCGGACGAGGACCGUGUUCGGGGGAAGGGAUCGGUUGCUGCCGCCGUCCAAGAUGGAGAGCUCCACGUCCGGGGGGCCGAACCCCCUCGUGACGGUGGCCAGUUCGGCCACGCUGCACCAGGUCCCACCGCUGCUGCUGCUGUCCCUGACGUGGGAGGAGGGCCCAUACCUUCGAGAAAUGGAAGGGAAAUUAGGGAGGAAGAAGAAGAAGAAGAAGAAGAAGAAGAAGAAGAAGAAGAAGAAGAAGAAGAAGAAGAAGAAGAAGAAGAAGAAGAAGAGGAAGAAGAAGAAGAAGAAAGAGAACUCCACCUACACGAACAAUACCAUUCCUCCCAGUUCAUGUCUAAUGUACGACCCAAACACACGCAUGCCAAACUAGUCCCUCACACAGCGUCGACAUCAAAGGGUUACUACAAGCAUGUAGAGACUGACCAAUCAACAUUGAACAUGCUGGCUCGUGCUGACUCCGUGCGGGACAUGCAAUAG